AUGAAUCUGGCUUUGCUGACGGCACCGUCUGACAUGAUGGUCUUUGCCAAUCGUGCACCUCUCACCCCACCGGCGAGCCCAUCUGUAGAAUCGCGCAAUGGCCCGGAGAAGCUGAGUGAGUGUUGCGAAUCGUGCAAGGCGAAUGCGCUCGCGCUCCUCGCUGAACAUUUUCACGACCUCGACUGCCUCCAAGGGCAAACCGCAAUCAAGACCAGUGACAAGCAAGAUGCCGUCAAAGAAUGGGUCCAAGGUCACCCUGCGCCAAGGAUCCCGCCACCACCUCUAGAGCCUCCGUUGAGCGUCGACACGAGCAGCAGCUGGCAGCUGGUGGAAGGAUUGUCGGCAUCUCCACCUGCUCGCCUGCAACAUGGCCCGCCUUCCCCAAGGCCGCGUGAGAAAGCAAAACUUUCAACUUCGCCAUCAGGGCUGUACAAGACGCUGCCUCUGCCUCCUCCGCCUCUGCCUACAUCUGCGCCUGUUGUGUUGCUCACUGCGCCCCAAAAGCCCAACGCCAGGCGAUCGCAUAGCAGCCAAUCGACCAUGUCAAGUCACUCCUCCAACCGCACCAGGAGUUCCAGUUCACCCACUAGAAGAUUGCCUUCAUCGAGCGGACGACUUGGCAGCGUCUCGCCCUCGACGACAACCUCUUCUAGCACCUGUUCCCUCGUUGGCGGUCACUGCAUCCGUGAUGGUCUCUACGACGGAGCGGAAAUCAUCUCUCCAUUUGCCGAUUUGGUCAUCGCAGAAGAAUCCAGCUCGUAUUGGAGCGACGACAGCAGCGACGACACCUUGACGGGAGCGUCCAAAUUCUUGAGAGGCAGAGCUAGAGCAUCGAGCGCCACGCUUCCCAUUAGCCCUCGAACAUUUUCACCUUCAGCGGUCAAAACCGUCAUGAGGGAGAGGUGGAUCAAGAAGACCUGA